GGAGAGAGAUUAAAUAGAAGGCAGGCGCAGCAGCAGACUGCUAUAUCCGCCAGAAGGAGACCGAGGAUACCAGCUGCUAGCUACGUUAGCCGCAGUAGACAGUUAGCACCUAGCUCCAAGAGUACUAGCUCCUUUACUAACACAUGAGGGAGUGAGCCAGCAGGGUCAGAGUGACAGUGUGAGAGCCGGAGCUCUGAGCGCCCGCUCGGCCGUUCCGAACUGACUCCUUCUGCUUGCGUGAAGCUGCGUGAGCGCCACAGCGGGAGAGAGACAGAGAGAGUUUGUGUACAUUCAAGCCCACAUAUCUCGCUCUUCUUGUAAAGCAGCGUGUCUGUGAAGGUGUGUGAGGUGGAGCUCAUUAGCAAUAGAGGAAGUGGACCCAUAAACACUGCCUGACUGUCGGCUGUUUACAAUCGGUGUCCGGUUACUUCUCUCCACGUCUCCUACCGAUAACCGACUAAUCGGCGGCAGCAUGAUGUUGAGGUUUGCAGCGGUGCGAGGCGGCCUCGGCCUGCUCGCCGUCAGGAGGGCGUGUCUCCUGUCCCGGUCCGCCCACUCUGCGCCGCAGACCGAGUACCGACCCAUCAAGAAGGUCAUGGUGGCCAACAGAGGUGAAAUUGCCAUCAGAGUGUUCAGAGCCUGCACCGAACUGGGGAUUCGCACCGUGGCUGUUUACUCUGAGCAAGACACCGGACAGAUGCACAGGCAGAAGGCAGAUGAGGCCUACCUGAUCGGAAAAGGUUUGCCACCAGUGGCGGCGUACCUGCACAUUCCAGACAUCAUCAAAGUGGCCAAGGAAAACGGCGUGGAUGCCAUCCAUCCUGGCUACGGCUUCCUUUCUGAGCGCUCAGACUUCGCUCAGGCCUGCUCCGACGCUGGCGUCAGGUUUGUCGGGCCGAGCCCAGACACGGUCCGCAAGAUGGGAGACAAAGUGGAGGCGCGCUCGCUGGCGAUUGGAGCAGGUGUUCCUGUGGUCCCGGGAACCGACUCGCCCAUCUCCAGCCUGCAGGAGGCGCAGGCGUUCGCCCAGACCUACGGCUUCCCCAUCAUCUUCAAAGCGGCGUACGGAGGAGGCGGGCGCGGCAUGAGGGUGGUCCGCGAGUACGAGGAACUGGAGGAGAAUUACCAGCGGGCGUACUCUGAGGCCCUGACGGCUUUUGGGAACGGAGCGCUGUUUAUCGAGAAGUUUAUCGAAAAGCCGAGACACAUUGAAGUCCAGAUCCUCGGUGAUAAAUAUGGUAAUGUCAUCCAUCUGUACGAGAGGGACUGCUCCAUUCAGCGGAGACACCAGAAGGUUGUGGAGAUUGCACCUGGCUUCCAGCUGGACCCACAGCUGAGAGACAGACUUCAUGCUGACGCCGUCAACCUGGCCAGACAGGUGGGAUACGAGAACGCGGGAACCGUGGAGUUCCUGGUGGACAAACAUGGAAAACACUACUUCAUUGAGGUCAACUCCCGGCUCCAGGUCGAACACACGGUCACCGAGGAAAUCACGGAGUAAGUGGCGGAUGUUUAUUUGCC